ACAAUCAUUUCUGCCUCAACGUGAAAAUCUCGCCUGUCAAAACAAAACUGACGUUCGAAUGGUAGAGUUGAAACGAAAAUUUUAAAACAAGAUAUUUGGUGUUGCGUUUUUUUAAGCAAACAUGUUUCAUAUCGAGCAACUUCUCCAAGCUGCGGAAUACUUGGACAGACGUGAAAGAGAAGCCGAACAUGGCUAUGCAUCAAGUCUGCCUGAGCCAGAUGAAUAUAGCUUCAAGAAACGUUCAAAAUCAAAGAAAACUCAGGGAAAUAGGUCAACACACAACGAAUUGGAAAAGAACAGGAGAGCCAACUUGCGAUAUUGUUUAGAAAAGUUAAAAGACAUUGUGCCAUUGGGAUCAGAUUCCUCCAGACACACUACUUUAGGACUUUUAAUGAAAGCAAAAAGUUUUAUUAAGACGUUGGAAGACAAAGAGCGAAAGACGUCGACCGUCCGUGAGCAGUUGAAGCGGGAACAGCGAUUUCUGCAGCGGCGACUUGACCAGCUGACCAACGGUCAAUACCGCGUGCGACAGGAACGAAGCAUCAGCGAAUCCUCCACGGCAACUAAUUCUACCUCCUCCUCCAACUCAGAAUCAGAUGAGAUUGAUAUCAUUGGCUAUGGCAGUGGCAACAGUGACAUUGACGACCAUAGCAGCAUAGAGAGUGGGUCAAGUGACGGGUUUACGAUCUCAGCCAAACGCAUUAGAUUAAACAGUUCCUAUUCAGAGUCCAUCUGAGGGGGAUCUAUGUCUGGGAAAUUUGUAGUCACAUUUUCCCAGCUCUGUUAGCUAUCGUUAUGUCUUUGUGCAGUUAAUUUUUAUUGUUGUAUAAUUGUGGAUGAAAAGACUUUAAGUUUAUGAAGAAGAUCUGUUAUUGUGGGGUUUUUACAAACAUAUGUUGCCUGGUGAUGUUAUGUUAUGUACAUUUACCCUCGGCAGUACGCAACAUUAUAUGCAUAUAGUUGAAAUUAUUUAUUAAAUUGUGAAAAACUGUUUAAAAAAUCUUGAAAAAAUCAUAUAAUAUAUUCUCUUAGUUUUGUUUCAUGGUGUAUUGACCACCUCAUAUUCAUUGUUGUCUGCAUGGUUAGUUGUAUGAUAGUUUAUUCCAGUUUUGAGAUUUUUGUUUCUGUACAAGCUUUAUUCUGUUACUGGUAAUGUCAUGUACAAUGUCAAAUUAGUGUAAAAGUUAAAAAUACAAAUUAAUAGUCCUGCUGGUGCUUUCAAGUAAGGUUUCCAAUAAUUGUUGAUCUUUCACAUGCUUGUUCUGUUCAUAUUCAGUGCGUUUUGGAAAUGUUUGAAAUGUAUGCUCAUGUGAAUAUGACUGAAAUUAGAACCAAAGAAUGUGUUCUUAAGUACAAAGUUCUCACAAUAGUCCUCAAACAAACGAUUGAGCAUAGAGAAUGCCUAAUCACCAUGGGUAGUUGAGCAUGGGGAUCAUAAAAGGAAACGUCUCAUGUGUAAAGAUACAAGUUUGUGAUAAGUUACUUAUUUUACGUCAAUCGUUGUUUUCUAAUGUGUGAUUAAUGGUCUGAUAGUGGUAUUUCGUAAUGCAUUCAAAGAUAUGUUGACAACAGUUUGAAGCCCCCCCCCCCCCUCCUUCUCCAACCCGGGGUCUAUUGAUGCAGAGAUACCCGGUAUGUUAACAAAUAUUUUUGUGCUACACAAUCUUCACUUUGUAACAUCAAUGCUUAUAUAGUUACAUUAAGUCUAGGAAAUCUUAAAACAGAAAUACAGAUAACUGUGCUAUUUAUUGUAUUUCUGCAGAUAUUAAUAGAAACAUUUAGCGUUUUCGCACAUGCAAAAAAAGUGCUUAUGGAUUAAACCGAAUAAUUGUAGUUUUAUUCUUUUAAAUGCGUAUUCUUUAUGAAUGCAGUUUGUACAACAGCCUCUUUUGAUAUAGUUGCUUUUGUUGGCAUGGAGUUACCAACCAAAUACUGUCCACAUAAUAGCUGCAGAGUAAGGAAACAUGUUGAAGUUGAUAUGGGCUAGUGUGACGAGCCUUUUAUUAGCAAAUACUUGCCAUAAAAUGCAUAUUCCUAUGUCAUCAGAAUAUAGUAAGAGUGUCGAAUCUAAAGGUUGCUUGUGUCAUGUGUUUUUUUAAAGAUGAUUAACCAUCUUGAUAACGAAGGAAUAGUUUGCAUGAUAGUAUUAUUUGGAGAAUAAAAUUCAGUCAUAGCUGUAACAAAAUACAAGGCAAUGGUAUUGAAAACGGGAACAAAAGACAGCUUGUGCAUAUGAACUGAAACAACAUAAUAUCAAGAAAAAUUCACCUAUAUUAGCCUUCAAGGCCUCAUUGUAACAUCGAAUGAUAUGGAGCCAAUUAGUCUAUGGUAUUCUAUAUAGAAUGUAUCCACUGCUUGUGUUUGAGCAUUGUUAUUCAGUAUGUUUGAAGGCGUUUUGCGCACAGAUUUGUUAUGCUUACUUUACUAUGCCCCCCUUAGAAGAAGAGGGGGUAUAUUGUUUUGCACAUGUCGGUAGGUCGGUCCGUCCGUCCACCAGAUGGUUUCCGGAUGAUAACUCAAGAACGCUUAUGCCUAGGAUCAUGAAACUUCAUUGGUACAUUGAUCAUGACUGGCAGAUGACCCCUAUUGAUUUUGAGGUCACUAGGUCAAAGGUCAAGGUCACAGUGACUCGUUCUUGGAUGCAGUUUAGGACCACAUUUGCAGAUUAUAUUAUGUACUGUUGUGGUGGGGUCUCUGUCCGUCCACCAGAUGGUUUCCGGAUGAUAACUCAAGAACGCUUGCGCCUAGGAUCAUGAAACUUCAUAGGUACAUUGAUCAUGACUUGCAGAUGACCCCUAGUGAUUUUCAGGUCACUAGCUCAAAGGUCAAGGUCACAGUGACAAAAAACGUAUUCACACAAUGGCUGCCACUACAACUGACAGCCCAUAUGGGGGGCAUGCAUGUUUUACAAACAGCCCUUGUUGAUAUAUAAGAUGCGUUUUGAAAUUGUGAUAAGGAUAAUUACUUGCAUGACAACUGCCUUGUAUGUGUCGUUUGAUGCCAGUUGUGCAUUUCCAGAGAACUAAUGUUGUGAAACAAUCAAAGAUAAUGUUGUUUUGAAUGAAAGUUUUAUACAUCAGUGUGAUUUUUCAGAGGUAGUCGACAACUUUGCUGUUGUAAGCAUAGACAGAUAUUGAUCUCAAACUUGAUAAAACAAGCCCAUUUUUGGUGACUUCUUUUACGAGAUUCCUUUUUUAAUUGAAUGAAUGGCCACUACCAAAUCAAGUGUGCAUCAUAAGUGUUCAUCUGAGUUGAAAUCCCGUCAGCAAAUUGUCAGCUUAUCUGAUUAAUUUAGUUUUAUUGACCAGUUAUUUUAUUAUUAUUUUUUUAAACUAGUUUUGCAAACAUUGAUAUUACAUUUUCCAAAUAAACCAGUAGCUACCUUCUCUUAAUUAACCAGUCUUGGCUAGUUAACCACUGCUAUUUGUCUUUUUUAUGUACGGAGAUAUUUUUAUUCUUUUGUUGGAACUAGCAUGUUAAGUGUAUGUCAUAUUUAAGUUAUUGUAAGUCAUGUUUUCUUUUUAUGGUUCACUAUAAUUGUUAAAGCCUUAGUCAUUGAUUGUGAAUACAUCAAAUGUUGGCAAAAUUCAAAUGUCUGGAGUGACCCCCCUUACGAGUGACAAAGUACACAUGAAUUGGAAAGUAGCUUAACUGAUCUCACAUGCCCUGUGGGCUCCUUAUUAAUGUUUGAAACUGGCCAUAUUUUACUCAGGGUAUUGACUUUCACACAAAUAAGUGACUUGCUAGAUAAGAAGAUUAUUUUAUUGUGUGAAUGGUUAUUAAAGGUAGGGCUGACUUAUUUUUUCUAACUGCUUGGGCAGUUAAACUACUAUUACCUUUCUUCAAAGCUUGUUGACAUUUUCAUGUUAAAAACACGAACAAAAGAAAUGUGACAUUGCAGCUAUUCCUUUCAUUUGCUGAUUUAGUUAUCCUUGCUUCUUACUGGAGCUCUGAAAAGGAGAACAAUAACAAUAGUCUGUUAAUUUUACAGCCAGUAAAGGGUAGAUAUGCAUCUUCAAUUCUUAACAGUUGAUCAAUUUGACAAAUUCAAUAUAUCUGUUGAAGCUAAAUUAUUUGUACUGUUAGUUUAAGCUUAUGGCCACAAUGUACACUCAUUACUUUGGCUAUAGUAUUGCCAGGCCUUUAUAUUGCCAAAGGCCAUUUUAUUGCAUCUGUUUGCUCCAAUUAUCUUUAUUGUCUAAAAUAAAUAUUUUUUUUCCUAUAGUCAUUUAUGCCUGUUGGGGAACAAUAUUUAUGCAUGAAGGUCAACAGCUAAAAUUAUCAAUACAAAGUAAGCUAUGAAAUGUUUGUGAUGACUUACUGAGAAGCCUUUAAGGAUUUCACCAUGUUCUGCUUUUUGAUCUGUUGCUGAUACUACCAUUUUUGAAGCUACAAACUGUGAUAAUUCAUGUGCAAGAAACUAUGAACCUACUGAUAUUACUUCCUAUGAAUCAACUUUAACUGGUGGGGUUUUGGAGUACAGGAAAUAUUAUAGGUCAGUUUAUUAUGGACACUUGACAAAUGGAAACUGUUUAUUUAUUUUGUUAUAAUAUUAGUAUUUAUAUUUAUGUAUUAAAUAAUUAUUUUUGUUUGAGGUACAGUUAACUGCGUUUGAAAAAGCAAUAAUCAAGUAGACAUUUUAAUUAUUUUUUAUAUUAUAAUCUGCAAUCCUCUUGUGAUGCAAAGCAGAAAAACUUAAUUAUUAGGAUCAGAAAUAUAAAACUCCUUAAGUAUUAUCAGACCAAUGCUCUUGGUUGGUUUAUUUUUCUAUAUUUGCUUUACUUAUUGCAACCAAAUUUGCGUGAAAAGAAAACACCUGAAAUUUUCUGUGGGAUAUACUUUACUUUAAACAUAUUUUAUUUCCAAGUAAUGACAUUGUACAAAUAUAUAAAUUGGUCCAUACAUACAUAAUGGAAAAAGGGUUAGACCAAGUUGUGGGAUAUAAAGUCUUGUUUGCACAAUGUAUUAUAAUUUAUUGGUAAUUGGUAAUUCAUUUACCAAGAUUAUUUGUGUAGAAUAUUUGCAAAAUAAAGAUUAUCUGAGAAUGAAGUGUAUACCAGAGUAUAUACAUAUUUCCAUUAGUAAGUGUCAAUUUUUUGUUACCAGCAAUCUUGUUCUAUAUUUUACGUACAAAGAUGGGGAAUGACCGUCUUCCACCCGAGAUUCAUUAGAAGAAUAUCAGUAGCAGUUAUCAAAUUUUUAAAACAUUAGAUGUAACAUUUAUUUUGCCUGCUGAUGGGUGUGUGCUGUUUAGGUGGGAAAUGAGUCAAGAUAAAACUGAAAAUCUGAUGAUUCCAUCCUUACAUCAUGUGUAUGUUUUUUUUGUUGAUGACUAAAAGGAUGUAAUCUUGAUCCCAAUAUGCAAUAAUGGGUCUGCACAGGCUGGUAAGGAGCUAUGCCGUCCACUAUAAAGUCAGGCAAGUUUUAUAUCCUCAUAAGCUGACAGGACAGCUCCUGACUCGACUGCACAGAUGCCCAAGUUGGGCUGGAGUUACUUUUGCUUCUAAUGGCAUCAGACCUAUUUUUGCAUCAUUCCGGUCACUUAAGUACACUAUCUUAAAAGAAAGAAUCACUUUUCAGCAGAUAAUGAUAAAUGUUUGCAAACUUGAUUCCUGAUACCUGAAGUGAAUGUUCUUCAAUCUUACUUGGUUGCACACUACUACUGUAUAAUUACUGGAAACAGUCCGCUAAUUAGAACGUACUGGUGCAUCACUAAGUCAUAUAUUGAGAACAUUUAUUUCUGUUUGGGGUUUGAACAAUUUCUUUGUGCAAUUUUUAAUCCAAAUGUUGUUUUUAAAAUUCUCUUCUACAUAGAAAAUAUUAAUAUAUUUUGAAUUGCAUGUUGUAAACUAAUAUAUUGUACUAUAGUUAAUUUUAGUUUAUGUGUGUGAAUGUCAUAUUUUAACAACUUAUUUAUUAUUAUAUAAAAGAUGUACAUAGAUUUUCUGAAAUCAAAAUUUUUGUUUAUGAAAUUAAAAUUGAUAUUUAACUGUUUGAACGUGAUAUUUUUUUAAUGGAAUGGACACGAUUUUUGUCCGUGAAAAAUCUGUAAUAUUAAACUUGUCAAUGGAAGCAAACUGUUUGCAUAUAAGUAUCUGAUUUAAAAUGUUAAAAUGUGUCCAUGUACAAUGUUUGUUAAACAAAGACAUGCAAUCCUAUUUUAUCCAGAACUGAUACAAACAGAUUGGUGAUUGUUUGUGUGAAUCCAGACAGUGUUUUUCCAUCAUAUUUAAACUACAAACCGGUGAAGUGCAAAUAGGAAGGUAUAGAUCUACCUUGUUGUGCACCUUAUAAAUCAAUUUUUACGAUAAUAUUAGAACUGAGAAGAAUAACUGGUAUGCUUGUGCAUCUACUAUGGAUGAAUAAGUGAAAAUAAGUGCUUGUUUCGAACAGGAAUUUUACACAUUUUUAUUCAGCCACCGUCUUGUGGUGUCUUGUUGUGGGAGUUAAAAGAAUGUAUGUUACUGUUAUUUGGGAUGCUGGUAGUAUGAAAUGUGUUAAUUUUGUGAACAUUAUGAAAUUGAAACACUUAUUCCUUUCUGUCAGUCAUGAUCUUCAUUUUAAAAUGAAUAAAAAAAUGUAAAAACGAUAAAGAAAUAAAAAUUAUAAAACUUU